UCCUCCAUUUUUAUUUGCUUUUAUUUACAACUGUCCGCAAUUUAGGUUUUGGGGUGUUGUCUUGAGACCUUACCCAUCUGCUUCUUAAAACUCAUCCUUAUUGGGAGACCCUGCAUCGUUACUUUAUUAUUUUUUUAAAGCUGAAGAAAGAAAGACGGCAACUCCAAACUAACAUGGCAGUCAGACUGUGUGAUGUGGCUUCUCUGCUUAGAAGUGGUUCGUGGGCAGCAGAGCCUUGGACUGGGCAGGUAAUUGCUGCCAUGGAAACACAACUGUCUAAUGGACCAACUUGCAAUAACACAACCAAUGGUCCUACUACCAUAAACAACAACUGCUCAUCACCGGUUGAUUCUGGAAACACAGAGGACAGCAAAACCAAUUUAAUAGUCAACUAUCUUCCUCAGAACAUGACACAAGAAGAGCUGAAAAGUCUUUUUGGGAGCAUUGGGGAGAUAGAAUCCUGCAAACUUGUAAGAGACAAAAUAACAGGCCAGAGUUUGGGAUAUGGAUUUGUGAACUACAUUGACCCCAAGGAUGCUGAAAAAGCGAUCAAUACUCUGAAUGGAUUGAGACUUCAAACCAAAACAAUAAAAGUUUCCUAUGCGCGACCAAGCUCAGCUUCCAUUAGAGAUGCUAAUCUGUAUGUCAGUGGUCUCCCAAAAACUAUGACCCAGAAAGAACUAGAACAGCUAUUCUCCCAAUAUGGACGUAUUAUUACUUCCCGUAUUCUCGUUGACCAAGUCACCGGAGUUUCAAGGGGUGUGGGCUUCAUACGAUUCGACAAAAGGAUUGAGGCAGAAGAAGCCAUCAAAGGCUUGAAUGGGCAGAAACCUCCAGGUGCCACAGAACCAAUCACUGUUAAGUUUGCCAACAAUCCAAGCCAAAAAACCAAUCAGGCCAUCCUUUCCCAGCUGUACCAGUCUCCAAACAGAAGGUAUCCGGGACCUCUAGCUCAGCAGGCUCAACGUUUUAGGUUGGACAAUCUGCUCAAUAUGGCUUAUGGAGUAAAGAGUAGGUUUUCUCCAAUGACCAUUGAUGGAAUGACCAGUUUGGCUGGGAUCAAUAUCCCGGGACAUGCGGGAACAGGAUGGUGCAUUUUUGUAUACAAUUUAGCUCCUGAUGCGGACGAGAGCAUUCUGUGGCAAAUGUUUGGACCCUUCGGCGCUGUGACCAACGUCAAGGUCAUCCGUGACUUCAACACAAACAAGUGCAAAGGUUUUGGAUUUGUGACUAUGACAAACUAUGAUGAGGCAGCCAUGGCAAUAGCCAGCCUGAAUGGAUACCGCCUUGGAGACAGAGUUUUGCAGGUCUCUUUUAAAACAAACAAAACGCACAAAGCCUAAUGAGUUGCCCUCAGCCCAAUUUAUAUUUGAAAACUAUUCAACAAAGGCAAGUUAAAAAAGAAACUUUAUACAUUAGUAAAUGUCUUUGUAAGUCAGUGUUGAGAUGGGGGGGAUAAAAAAACGACUAGCAUCCUAAGAAAUAUGCGAGAUUUUUUAUUGCUAGUAUUUGAAUUAAAACUUCUUAAAUAUCUUAUGUUUGAAUAUGGACAAGAGGUACAGGGUUUUUACCUGUAACAAUGCAUUCUAUUGCCUUCUUUGAAGAAGGCGGACCUUUUAAAAUGUUUGCGCUAAGGGAAGAAAUUUCUUUUACACGACUGCCUUGAACCUGUGAGUAGAUAUUGAGGCUUUGUGUUAUAAUCUUUAAGUUGGUUGUUUUGAGUUUCUUUCGGUUUACACUUUACUGCCUUGCUGUUUAGUCUGUUCAAGAAAAGUGUUUUUGAAGUUUACAUUUUUAUUUAUAAAGUUUAAAAGUAUUUAUUUUGUAGUUAUGAUUUGGGUUUGGGGAAGGGGGGUGGUGCAUUAUAAAAGCUUAUUGUAAGAUUACUGGAGAACUUUUCGUAAAGCAGUACCUUGCCAAAGAGAUAAGAGCCUCUUUGAUGUGGGUUUAAAAAAAAACAAAGCAUCUAUUUUUAUAAAAAAGAGAAAAUUUGGAGAAACUUUUUACAGGUCCUGGAACAAAUAUUUUGACUUGAAUACUUUGAGAAAUCUCUUCAUAUGACACCUAGUGAGCUUUUAAAACUUACCAGGAAAUUUGCAGUGGUUGGGGGAAAAACUUUAGAGAGAUUUAUGAUGUAGAAAUUCUUUAGAGAUCUUUGUUAUUCAAGAAGUGGAAUCACUGGGAAAGCACUGCUGGUUUUGCUUUUGUAAUCGUUGGUGCAGUCUCUGAACAUCCUGGUUACUAUGUGAUAAGUGGCUCACGUUAACUUGUGAUUUUGAAACAAAAGAAAAAAACAUUUACGAGUAUAUAAGAGCAGGCAAGAAAUUUAAAUUAACUGAGAUGGGGGAAAAAUCUGUUCUUCCUAUAGAAUUCCCUUCAGAUAGAGCUCAUGGUGUUUAGUGAUGUACUUGCAGUAUUGUUUGAAGAAUUGUUUUGUCUUAAAGAAAAAAAAAGACGUUUGCACAUGGUUUGCUUAAUAGCAGACCAGGAAGAAGCAGUCUUGCGUUGGAUAUAUUUGAAGGUAUUUUGAAAGUUACGUUCAAGGCUAACACCUGAGCUUUGUGUAAUGUAAAUAAGAUCUUGCGUUUAUGAACCUCUUUUCAGCUACUAUUUUGGGUUUUCUUCUGUAUUUUGUUUCCUUUAUUUAACAUGCCAAGUGAUGUUCAGAUUUUGAAUGUUUUUGUAUUUUUUUUCUUUGUAAAUGGCAUUAACAUUGUUACUUGAGGUCUGCUUAUUCAUUUUUGUUGUCCUGGGGACUUGAAUUUACAGUGUAUCAGAUACGUUGCAAAUUUUGUCUGUAGAUAGUCUAGCUUCAGCUGUUUAUGGUGAUGCUACAUUUUUGUUUAUAAAUAUGUUUGUGGUAAAAAAAAUGAGUAUAACCAUAGGUUUUGAACAAAUUCCUUACAUUUUUCAUACCAGAAUCAUAAAUACCUGUAUGCUAUUGAAAUUUAACUUUGUAUGACGCUUAAAUCACUUAUUUGGGGAAAUAAUAAAAGUCUUUACCAUGUAUGGAAGAAAUUUAAGGUCAAAAAAGUACAGAUAUUUUCUGAUUAGCAUCUAGCUUAUAAUAAAUUUUUAAAAAGCUGAAGGCUGCUGUGCCUUCCCCAGGAUGCACUGAUACAACUAUAUAGUUACGUCCUGCUUUUUGUAUAAACUGAGAUGCUCAUACGCUUCCCCUUAGAACAAGCAAUGUGCUAUGCAUUAACAUACUUGUACAUGAUCUUUGCAGUUGCUUUUUUUGAUUCUUUUUUUUUUAAAUUGUAGUUAUAAAAUUUCAGUCUAGUACAGUACAUAUACUGUGGGAGAAUAAAGUGUGCUAAAGUGACAAGCGACGUUUCAUGCUGGACCCACUCAAUGCUACUUAAAAAUCAAUUGGCUUCCUGACACAUGCUUGUUUUAGGUGCAUUGAAAAACUAUUGUGCAUUUAAACAAUUUUUCAGAAAACAAAGGGUUCCAUUGUGGGGGUGGGUGGGGGAGAACCGAAUCUGCAUUCUUUGCUACUAUAUAUUACUGUAGCAAAAAA